AAAAACCAAGAAAAAAAAAGUCAUGCAACCUUGAGUUUGAUCAUCAUUUUGUGUAAUAUUCCAAAAAAAAAAAAAAAAAAAAAAACCAGGCAACGAGAACAAAAAAGAUGGCUCAGCAUCGAAUGAUACUUUUUUGGGGGACAAUCGAUUAAGCUUUUUUAUGUCAUCUCGUUAUCUCUCUUUGUAGUCGGUUUUGCGUUCUUUUGGUCUUUUUUUUCUUCUCUCUGCCUUUCUUUUCUUUUCAAAAUGACGGAAGACCUUACUCAUCCGCAACCUGUUUGCUCUGAUCUAACCUUACCCGAUGUCAUUUUGGCCUUGGGCCCUGAUGAGCGCCACACUUCACCGUCACCCAAGUCGAGCAAAAACAAGUCGUCCUGUGGCCUGCAGGCAGUGGAAACAGAUCGCACAGAUUGGCCGUGUCAUAAAUUUAUACUGGAAAUGUACUCUUCGUAUUUCAGCGCAUUAUUUGAAAGCGAAUUUCGGGAAUAUGGAUCAUCGAUUGUGUUCUUGCCGCGUGGUAUCCUUAGCGCCCUUGCACUGGAAGGCAUUCUUCAUAUCAUAUAUGUCGACUGGAUCCGGGCACACCCAUCACUUACCAUCGCACCUUCCUUCAUCCUUUUUUCCGAACCGUCCAACCACCUUGAGCAUUUGCAAGAUAUGUAUCUCGCAGCGGAUUACCUUGGCAUGCCUACCAUUCGGACCAUGUUAGCUAACCGAUUAUCGGAUGCAGUGCAUCAAAUCAGCUGUUACUGCCCGCGCUGCGCCUGUCGGGUCCCGCAGCUUUUCUCUUUCACACGAACCUUUGCCCACACACAUGUCACCCUGGACCGUCUCACGACUCUGGCUCUUCAGCUACUGACAGGCGAUCCUGAAAAAGCGAUCCCCACCUUUUGGGUGCAACAGGAACUCGGCCGCCUGCUGCUGCUUUCCCCCGAUCUGCACGAGCAAAUGUCCCAAAUACUUAUCGGCUGUUUGAAUAAAUGCAACGCCAUCGAAACACUGCACGCUUGCUACACAGCCCUCGUUAGUUUGGAUAGUGAAAUUGAGUCAUCGCCAUGGCACCAACCACUGCGGCAGACUCUACGCGCCGUUCACUUCCGGGUCACGGGCAUUAUUGCCGCCAAUUUCAAUUUUUAUUGCUCCGAAUAUCCGACCCUUUUGUCCUGCAUUGACGGUAUCAACUAUUCCUUUGCCUUUCUCGAUUAUCUGCUUCAGCAAGUAUUGGAAGAACAGAUGGAUCACAGUAAUGCAGGUCUUCUCUACCAAGGUAUUGUGCGGCAUUUAAGAACACGCCGCAGUGUACCACAUUGUAUGGAAGUGAGCGCCAUUCUCGAAAAAGCGCGCGCCAUGGUUGUAUCGUUUAUUGCUCAAGAACUUUCAGAGAUGCGCAAAUUGGGAACCUUGAACAAGUAUGACACGCCUACCCUGGAAAUCCUGGCCCAAGGUAUAUCAUGGUGCCAGUUCGUCUGUUAGUCAAACCUGAAGAUAUGCACAAGAAAAAAGCAUUAUUUCGCUCCAUGUCAUCAUCACCUUCCCGAUCGUAUCAACGUGCUAAAUCCUCCACUCGAAAGAAAGAAGCAAGCAAUAAUAAUGCUUGCGGUCA